AUGUACGCCGCUCAGAAUAUAACGCCAACAGUUUUGGAUGCCAUGAACGGAAAUGUUUCCGAAUGGUAUAACGAAUGCGACAAUGCCAUUAGAAGGUCAGAAAUAGUUCCUGGAACUUACGAAUAUACAACUGCUGUUUCUUAUGGAAAUGUAGGUGAGUUUGGAGAAGGUUCUUCAACAACAGUAGAUAUUGCUUGCGACAGGUUUCAUAUUAUUUCUAUUGACAACUCAUUCUUAUACGUGGAACAAGACAUUGAAAUAAAACCUUCUGCCAAGUUGUCUGACAAGAAAGGUUGCAAUGGAAUUUUCUAUGUCGGAUACCAAUAUGCUCCAGAAGUUUUCAUGGGAUAUAAGAUAUAUUCUAACUCUGACUUAGUUCAAACAGUAACAUGGGCAAACUAUGAAUGGUUCGCUUUGAGAAACUCAGUACAACCACAAGCUAGAGAACAAACAGACCAGUAUGCAACUAUUGAGAAAAUAAGAAGACUUGACCCUAACGUUCCAGGAGUUUAUGUUAACCUUUCUGGUUCAGAUGGAACUGCUGCCACUAAAGUAAAACUGAAACUUAGAGUUCCUUUGUCAUCUUUCCUCAUCUUCAGGUUUUUAAGAUACUUGCCAAACUGGGCAGGAAAAAUUUCUAUCGAACUUACUCCAAGCAAAAAUAACUUAGUCAUUGCACCAACACAAGACCCAUUCAGCAUUACUGUAGCUGGAACUGGUGGAGCCAAGUUCUGUGACUUUUGCAAAGACAAAGUUGACUUAGACUUUGGUUUCUCAAACUUCAACAAUGAAGUAAACUAUUAUUUCAAUGCUGCUGGAACUGCUUGGGACCCAGUUAAGUUCACAUGCGAAAAAUUUGAAUGCAAGAGAAUAGAAAGCAGACUUGCCGUUUAUAUGUUGGACCCAGAUAUUUCAAAUGCUUUAGCUGCCAAAUAUAUUGCAGUUCCACUUAUGUUCCCUAUACACCAAAUAUCUGUCAAAGACUUUGCAGGUGAAGUUGGAAACCAAAGUGCUGACCCAGGUGCAAGAACAGAUAUUGCUUUAACAACUG